AUGGCAUCGGAGAGCGGGAAGCUAUGGGGCGGCCGCUUUGUGGGCGCUGUGGACCCCAUCAUGGAGAAGUUCAAUGCGUCCAUCGCCUACGACCGGCAGCUGUGGGAAGUGGAUGUGCAGGGCAGCAAGGCCUACAGCCGGGGCCUGCAGAAGGCCGGCCUCCUCACCAAGGCCGAGAUGGACAAGAUCCUCCAGGGCCUGGACAAGGUGGCUGAGGAGUGGGCCCAGGGCACCUUCAAACUAAAUCCCAACGACGAGGACAUCCACACAGCCAACGAGCGGCGUCUCAAGGAGCUCAUUGGUGAGACCGCAGGGAAGCUGCACACCGGACGAAGCCGGAACGACCAGGUGGUCACAGACCUCCGGCUGUGGAUGCGGCAGAACUGCUCCACGCUCUCCGGCCUGCUCCGGGAGCUCAUCCGGACCAUGGUGGACCGGGCAGAGGCGGAACGUGACAUCCUCUUCCCAGGCUACACACACCUGCAGAGGGCUCAGCCCAUCCGCUGGAGCCACUGGAUCCUGAGCCACGCCGUGGCCCUGACCAGGGACUCCGAGAGGCUGCUGCAGGUGCAGAAGCGGAUCAACGUCCUGCCCCUGGGGAGUGGGGCCAUUGCAGGCAAUCCUCUGGGCGUGGACCGGGAGCUGCUCCGAACAGAACUCAAAUUCGGGGCCAUCACUCUCAACAGCAUGGAUGCUACCAGUGAGCGAGACUUUGUGGCCGAGUUCCUGUUCUGGGCCUCGCUGUGCAUGACCCACCUCAGCAGGAUGGCUGAGGAUCUCAUCCUCUACGGCACCAAGGAGUUCAGCUUCGUGCAGCUCUCCGACGCCUACAGCACUGGGAGCAGCCUGAUGCCCCAGAAGAAAAACCCCGACAGCCUGGAGCUGAUCCGCAGCAAGGCGGGCCGCGUGUUCGGACGGUGUGCUGGGCUCCUGAUGACCCUCAAGGGACUUCCGAGCACCUACAACAAGGACUUACAGGAGGACAAGGAAGCCGUGUUUGAGGUGUCGGACACCAUGGGGGCCGUCCUCCAGGUGGCCACCGGCGUCAUCUCUACGUUGCAGAUUCACCGUGAGAACAUGGUGCAGGCUCUCAGCCCUGACAUGCUGGCCACUGACCUCGCCUACUACCUGGUCCGCAAAGGGAUGCCAUUCCGCCAGGCCCACGAGGCCUCUGGGAAAGCGGUGUUCAUGGCGGAGACCAAGGGGGUCCCCCUGAACCAGCUGUCGCUGAAGGAGCUGCAGACCAUCAGCCCCCUGUUCGCGGGCGACGUGAGCCAGGUGUGGGACUACGGGCACAGCGUGGAGCAGUAUGCUGCCCUGGGCGGCACCGCCCGCUCCAGUGUGGACUGGCAGAUCAGCCAGGUGCGGGCGCUGCUGCGGGCACAGCAGGCCUAG